CCACGCUAAAUAUGGCUGGCACAAUGUGUGCUAGUCUGCUUUGGAGAAAUUGCUUGCAAAGAUUCUCAUGCAUACCACAGAGAUUACCUCUUGAAGUUCGUUGUAUGGUUUCAAGAAGCUAUCCUUGCCAAACUGUUGAUCCUCCAAGACGACCGACUCCUUCCUUUUUUCUGUUCUUCAAAUCCAAACAAGAGGAGAUUGCUCAAAAUAAUCCAGAUCUGCGAAUCCAUGAGCAAGCCAAGAUUGCAGGACAGUUAUGGCGAGAACUUGACCAAAAAGAUAAAGAUAGAUUUCACCAAGAGGGAUUGGAAAGAUUUGCAGAAUAUAAACGGCAGUAUGAAAAUUACCUUAGCAACUUGACACCCAAUGAAAUUAAGGAAAUUAAAGAAAAAAAGAGACAGCGUAGAAUCUCUUUGGCAAAAAAGAGAAAGAAGAGGGAACUGAAGCAGUUGGGAAAGCCUCUGAGAUCACGGAAUGCCUUUAGUUUGUUUUUAAGAUCGUCUAAACUGGAGAGGGGAGAUGCUGAUGUACAAACCUUUCUGAAAGGAAUAGUUGAAUAUUGGAAAACAAUGCCAGAAAAUGAAAAGGAGAUAUAUUACCAUGAUGCUGCACUUGACAAAGAACGUUACGACAAAGAAAUGGCUGCUUGGGAAGACAAAAUGAAGAAAUUAGGCAGAGAAGACCUAGUGAGGAAAGCCAGUAGAACCAAAUCUCCAAGGAAAAAGAGAACUGUGGUAGCCAAGAAGAAAAAGCCUGUUUCCAGACUAAAGGAAAAGGUGUCAAAAAGCGGAACGAAACCAAAAAGAAAACGUAAAACCGUGUCCAAAUCUACACAGACUGGAGAUGAUGACUGAUAUGCAUUUAUUAUGUAAAUGAGCUGUGGUUGAUCUGUUUUGUAUUCUUAUAUUCCUGGUGAAUUUAUCACAUCGAGUGUUGGACCAAACAGUUAUGAACCUAAGUAUACAUGUGCUUUGAGAAAUUAUAACACAUUGUAUACUGUAGAGUUGUUUCUUGAUUACCAACUGCAGUUUGUUGAAGUUUUGUAGGUGUGGCUUGUUUGUAGGUUUAUAAUGUAUUCCAAAAAUGGCAGAUCAAUAGUAUGUGCGGUUCUUGUAAGCAAGGACAGAGAAGUCGCAACUGAAUUGAAAACAUGAUGUUUGUUAGCAUAAUGAGUUUAACAUGUAGAGUGCUAAUAUUGAGAAAUGUAGUGUUUUGGUAAGAGUGCUUGCCUGAUGUGUGAUGUGUCAUGGGAUUGAUCCUUGUACAGCACCCAUUGGUAUUUUUCUACCAUUCCAACGUCUGCUCCAAAACUCCAAAAACAUUGUGGGAAAUAUUACUCCAUUUGGGGGUAUUCCUAUCUCCAGAAAUGAAGGGGGGCAUUGGAUUAGAUUAUAAGGGCUCAUGCAACAAGGUGAGAAGUGAUUGAAGUGAAGUAUUGAUCAGCCUGUCUUCAGUCUGUCAUUGUCUUGGCAGUAAAAUCGAUGUCGCCUUGUAAUAAUUGUAAUGGUCACUUUCUUAAUACACAGUCAUGGAUGGAUGAUGAAAAACUUGAAGGAAGCUACAUUUGAAAACCUAUUUGUAGUGUCAAUGCACUUAUCUGAGUCUUUAAUGCAUGCGACACCCUUGGCACAACACAAAACAACACAGUCAAAAAUAGGUCUAGCCCAGAUCACACUAAUGUGUGGUGUUCAAAGUAAAAUGUGCUAGUGACUAUUGAAAUGUAAUUUUUAGUACUGGUCGUCCUAACAUUACUUACUUCUUUUGCAUACAAUAAAUAUACAGUAACGAUUUAAAGCUUGGUUUAAUUUGCUCAGUGAAGUCUUCUUCAUAAUCACUUAUUUCUCACUAAAACAAUCUUGUCUCUUGAUGAUAAAUGGUGGUACUGUUUAUUACAGUUUUGUUAUUGGUACAAAAUUAAUAUAUUUGCACCACCUGGUGGAAUUGAUCUAUUUCAAUUUAAAAGACAAAAUAAAAGAACAGAACAUUUAUUAUUCCAUUAUUAUUAGAUCACUUGAAAUCAUUAUUAAAAUAGACUUUAAUAUAGCC